AUGGGUUAUGAUCUCCUUCGAGAUUUGCAUGCGGUUCCCACAUCCUCUCCAACGCUCUACUCUGAUAACACAAGUGCGCUUUUUCUCACUCAAAAUCCAGUCUCGCAUAAGCGCGCAAAGCACAUUGAUAUCGAUUAUCAAUUCGUUCGAGAGCUUGUGGACUCUGGGCGUCUAUUCACUAAAUUCAUGGAGUCCGACAAUCAGGUGGUGGAUAUAUUCACGAAGAGCUUGUUGCACGGUCUCUUUGAUUAUUUCAGGACCAAGCUACGCAUUUCUGUUGCAGACACGACUUAG